AAAACGCUCCGUCUCAUUUUGAUGACGUUUACAAUUUCAGUUCACUGAGGAACUGCUGCUGGUUUCGUAGAGGCAAUUUAAAAAAAAAUCAAAAACAUACACUUCUGCUCGCCAAACAGGUGUUCUGUCCGCAUUGCUCCUUAAGACUGGGAUCUUGGAUGGAGUGAGUGUUGAGCCCCAAUGAGAUGACUGACCAGGGCAACAACAACCAGAAUAUCUCCUGCAACCCUUUCGCUGCCCUCUUCAGCUCACUGGCUGAUGCCAAGCAAUUUGCAUCAGGCCAGAAAGCAGAGAAGUCUGCUGAACCACCACUGGAGGACUCAGGAGAGAGCCAUUCCGAGUCAGAAAACUCUGUGUCAGACAGCGUUGAUGACAAUGACGACUCUGUGGCAGAGAUCAGCCGCUCUUUCCGGUCCCGGCAGGAGCUGUGUGAACAGCUCAAUGUCAAUCACAUGAUCCAGCGAAUAUUUCUCAUUACUCUGGACAACAGUGACCCUAGUAUGAGAGGAGGUAAUGGGAUCCCCCCUCGCUGUGUUUACCUGGAGGAGAUGGCUGCUGAUCUGGAUGGACAGGACUGGCUGGACAUGGACAACAUAGAACAGGCUCUGUUUAACCGUCUGCUGGUACUCGAGCCAGGAAACCACCUCAUCUACAUGACGUCAUGCAGCGCUGUUAACCUGUCUGCUGACCGUGAUGCAGGAGAGAAGUGUGCCAUCCCUUACCUCUUUGCUUGUUACCAGAGGGCCAAAGAGGAGGUGACGAAGGUACCGGAUAAGUUACUGUCGUUUGCUGUUAGCUGUAAAAACCUAACAGUUUCCAACACACGGACGGUUCUGCUCACCCCAGAGAUCUACAUCAGCCAGAAUAUCUACGAACAGCUUCUAGACCUGCUGCUGGAAGGUUUCAAUAGAGCACAGCCAGAGGAGGUGGUUGAGUUUGUGGAGGAGGCCAUUGCUGGCCUGCUCUCCGACCAGGAGGUGCGUACAUUCGAGGAGGUGAUAGUACCAGUGUUUGAUAUUUUCCAGGGACGCGUCAAAGACUUGGAUCUGUGCAAGCCUGUCCUCUACUCCUACUUGGAUGUGCUACUCUAUUUCAGCCACCAUAAAGAUAUUGCAAAGGUAUUGGUGGAACACAUUCAGCCUAAAGACCCAGCCAAUGGUUUGCAGUACCAGAAGACCUUGUUGGGAGCAGUGUUGAGUAUCUCCUGCUUGUUGAAAACUCCAGGUGUGGUGGAGGGACAUGGCUACUUUCUGAACCCCUCCCGCUCCAGCGCCCAGGAGACAAAGGUCCAAGAGGCCAACAUCCACCAGUUUAUGAGUCAGUUUCAUGACAAGCUGCACCAGAUCUUGAAAAACUUGCUCCAGCGGUCUGAUGAGACACGCCACUUGCUGCUCACAUGGUUGGGUAGCUGUCUGCAGGCGAAUGCUGGCCGGGCCAAGAUAUGGGCCAAUCAGAUGCCAGAGAUCUUCUUCCAGAUGUACGCUUCAGAUGCAUUCUUUUUAAACUUGGGUGCAGCACUACUGAAGCUGUGCCAGCCCUUCUGCAGGCCGCGGUCGGCCAAACUGCUUACCUUUAACCCUACCUAUUGCACCCUCAAAGAGCUGAGCGAAGAAGAGAGGCGCAAUCGUAAUGUGCACGCAACAGGUCUCGACAAGGAAACCUGUCUCAUCCCUGUGCCCCCUCAGCAGCCGGUGGAGUCUGCACAGUCCUACAGCCUGCUGACUGAAAACCUCGUCCUCACACAACUCACCCUGCAUCUUGGCUUCCACAGACUCCACGAGCAGAUGGUGAAGAUGAACCAGUCUCUUCACCGGCUCCAGGUGACGUGGCAGGAGGCCCAGCGAACGGGCAACCCAAUGUCGGAGCAGCUCCUGGAGCAGUUUGAGCGUCUGAUGAUUGUUUACCUGUCAACCAAAGCUGCCACCACGCAGCCUGCAAUGCUGCAAUGCUGCCUUAACCUUCAAGCUUCUACAGCUGCUCUGCUGGUUCAGUUUGGUUUGGGGAACCAGGGCCCCGAACAUGUAGCACUCAGUUUCCCCCUGCCCUCCCUACAGAAUACUGUGCUCUGCUAUGUACCAGAGUUUUUUGCAGAGAACUUGGGAGAUUUUUUCAUCUUCCUGCGCCGAUUCGCAGACGAUGUUUUGGAGACUUCUGCGGAAAGUCUGGAGCAGAUUCUUAACUUCAUCACUGUCUUCAUGGGUAAUGUAGAGAGGAUGAAGAACCCUCAUUUAAGAGCAAAGCUUGCAGAGGUCUUAGAGGCGGUGAUGCCCCACAUGGAGCCGGUAGCUCCUGGUGCCGCUCAGCCAAACGUGUUCCAGCGAGAGAGAGUCUUCUGCUCCUAUAGACAUGCACCUCAGCUGGCUGAGGCCCUCAUCACUGUGUUUGUAGACAUUGAAUUCACAGGUGAUCCCCAUCAGUUUGAACAGAAAUUCAACUAUAGAAGACCCAUGUAUCCCAUUCUCAAGUACAUGUGGGGUAAAGAUAACUACAGAGAGAGUGUCAAGCAUUUGGCGCAUUAUGCAUCUGAGAACCUGGAGGCCAUGAAUCCCCCUCUGUUUCUCAGGUUCCUCAACUUACUGAUGAAUGAUGCCAUCUUCCUACUGGAUGAGGCUAUUCAGUACCUGAGUAAAAUCAAGGUUCUGCAGUUGGAGCGGGAUCGAGGGGAGUGGGAAGGCCUGGCCCCCGAUGCUCGAAGAGAGAAGGAGUCAAGCCUGCAGAUGUUUGGACAGCUGGGACGCUUCCACAACAUCAUGUCUAAUGAGACCAUCGGCACACUGGCCUUCCUCACCUCAGAGAUCAAGGGGAUCUUUGUGCACCCCUUCCUGGCUGAGAGAAUAAUCUCCAUGCUGAAUUACUUCCUGCAGCACCUGGUGGGUCCUAAGAUGGGUGCCCUUAAAGUCAAAGACUUCAGUGAGUUUGACUUCAAGCCCCAGCAGCUUGUUUCUGACAUCUGCACCAUCUACCUGAAUCUAGGUGAUGAGGAGAAUUUCUGUGCUACUGUCCCAAAGGAUGGACGAUCCUACUCUCCUACCCUCUUCUCUCAAACAGUUCGGGUACUGAAGAAGAUAAACAAGCCUGGGGACAUGAUUGUGGCUUUUGAACUCAUUGCUGAUAAAAUAAAGUCCCAUGCAGAUAGACAGCAGCAGGAAGAGGAGACGUAUGCAGAUGCCCCAGAUGAGUUCUUGGAUCCCAUCAUGUCUACUCUGAUGCUCGAUCCUGUUCUUCUCCCUUCCUCAAAUGUCACAGUGGACCGCUCAACUAUAGCAAGGCAUCUCCUCAGUGACCAGACAGACCCUUUCAACCGCAGUCCUCUAACCAUGGACCAGAUCAGGCCAAACGAGGAACUCAAACAGCAGAUCUUACUGUGGCUGGAUAAGCAUAAGCAGGAGAGGCUGCAGCUGGAACCCAGUGGCUAGCCGUGUUCCCUCGCUGUUAUAAACAAUGACUGCAUCCCUGUUUUCUUUCCCGGCUCACAUCUCGCGUGCUCCUCUGCUUUUUGGCUAAUCCAUGGUGUGCUUGCCUCCGUGGAUUUCUUCUGACUCCUCUGGUCAGACAAACAUUGCAUUAGCCUUUACAUGCAGCCUUCACGCUCAGUGGAUUCUCUCUGUGACAACAGUCCAGGCAAACUGUAGACCACUGGCUGGUGACAACUUCAGAAUCCAUACCAAUCCACACAGUAGCUGUUCAACUCCCAUCAUGCCCUAUGACAACAUAAGUAGGGUGGUACAAGCGCUGGUUCCUCUCCCCCAGCAUACUGUGUAUUAAUUAGUUAUUAUUACAAUAGGAACUGUGGCCAGAAUCAUCUGUUUCAACAGGACUUGUUGAAUGUACUGUAUGAACUCCUGACUGACCACCUGGCCCUUACCAGAUUUUAUACUGCAAGGUAAGUAUUUUUGGGAACUCUCAAGGCAGAAAAUGGAUGGAAUUUUUUAUGAUUUCAUAUUGAUUUCACCUUAAUGACGAAUUCAUUAUGCAUUGCCGUUUGAAGUUCUUGAACACCCUACAUUUCAGCACUUUGGGAUUAACUCAUGCAGCAUUGUAAAUAAAAUUAGGAAUUAAAAGCAAGGCACAGGUAAAACUGAAUUUAAUUGUGUGUGACUUUUAUUUUAGUAGAAAUAAUCUAGAUUUACUUGGAUAUGUUCAAAAUAUUGUUCAUUGUAAUAAGACACAAAAGCACAAAACCAUACUGUGUAGACUUUUUUUGUAUUUUAACAUAUAUAGAUAAGUGUCUUUGCAUCUUCUUUGCACCUGCCUUUUAAUCAAGCAAUGCAAUUUUAAUUAUAAAUUAAAUAUUGUCUCAGAUUUUAGAACUCUCCCCUUAGAGCUACAGAUGACGUAAUGUAUCAUGACAAGUAAACUGACCAAUGUGUCAAAUCUGUGAAGUGGCCCUUUAAGAAACUGAAAGCAAUGAUCAUGACCAAAAAUUGACUGCUUCUGGCCCAAAAAGGCAAGACGAUGCCAUCAAAACACUGCUUUCAAUUUUUAAAUUUUGAUUGUUCAUACUGGAAAAAACAUGGUGGCUGAAAUAUUAUCAAAUUUCUCCUUAACUGUCCACCUAACAUGAAAAAUAAGCCAUGCAUUUGCUGAACCAUAAUUUACAAUAUAUCUACAAUGUCAAGCUUUCAUAAAAAUGUAGAGACAGCAAGUCUGAACAUUUCCUGAUUUGUUUGGUUCAUCUUCAUCACCAAAAUGUAUUCCGGCAAUUUAUUUCCAAUAACAUUAAAAAUCACAAUUUUUUUCUCAAUUUAAUCCUAUCAACCUCUAAUUUUGUUUAAUUAUAAGUUCUUUACAAUGACCAAAUUUCUUGUGAUUGAACAAUAUUUUUUUUUUUGCCAGAAUAUAGGGUGUUCACUAAUGUUUGACCGGCAAUGUGUAUAAUAAUCCUUCUCAUCCUUUUGAAUUAACAUUCACCAGAUUAACUGACGUAUGCUGAGCUAGCAUUUUAAUCAGAUUUUGUUGUUUGUGUGCAAGCAUAGUAAAUAAACACGUGGGCAAACAAAUGAUCAAUAGAAUCGGUGCCUGACACCAAGAGCCUUGCAGUAAAUGUCAGCGAAUGAGGUUCUGACUUGUUUCAUACUCUUAAGAGACGAAAUGGUGAGUUUGUUUCUUUAGUGCAUACAGGGAGCUGUGGGUAGAAUAUAAAAGAAAGAAGAUC